AUGUCAUUGUACUGUAGAGGGCGGAGUGUAGUCCGAAUAUGAAAGCGGCUAGUCUUGUUUCUCGGCCCAUUUUUUCGACUCGGGUCAAAUGGCCGCUUCAACUUUCGACCGCUUUCUCUCUCUACAACAGAAAAAAGAAUUUUCUCAAAAAACAUGCCGACGCUUGCGCUGUGCUCUGCUCCAUUACGCUAGAAGCGUUAUUCGACUUAAGGGUAGGGGGGGGGGGGAAACAUAACAGCAGCUGAAAACGUUUCCCAGUCAGUCGAGAUUCAAACGUUGAGCGGUUAGCAACAACAACAAAAAGGGAAAAACAACUUUCUUUUUUUUAUUUUCGAAAAAUAUAGUCGUUUUGGUUUUGUUUUCGAGUGGUGAAACAACCUCGUUCGACUGUGGUUGUUGUUGUUUUGGCGGUUUCAACGGGUGUCCUUGUGUGUGUGUGUGCAUUCAACGUUUGAUUCGUCAGCAACAGAAAAAUGGUGGGUGAGAGUGGCGACGUUGGUUCGAAAAGAAACGACCACGAGGACGACGCCACGAUUCCAUUAAAGUCAACUGGGCAGCAACAAUUGCCCACAAGUCCAUGCGACGAUGACGACAUGAUCAAUUCGAGUGAUUACUCUUCGUCGUCGUCGAAAUUCGUCUACGUAUUAGCUUUCUUUAGCGCCAUCGGAGGAUUCCUAUUCGGUUACGACACUGGGGUCGUCUCGGGUGCCAUGCUCAUAAUUCGGAAAGAGAUGGAAUUGACUAAUGGAUGGCACGAGGCGAUCGUCUCGGCCACCAUUGCAGCCGCCUGGAUUUUCUCGCUAUUCGGUGGCUAUCUCUCGGAUCGACUGGGUCGUAAACCUGUCAUCCUGGCUGCCAGCGUCGUCUUCACGGCCGGUUCCAUCGUAAUGGGAGCAGCCGAUGGCAAAGAAGGGCUCCUAGCUGGACGAAUCAUCGUGGGCGUCGGAAUUGGUCUGGCCAGCAUGGUGGUGCCAAUGUAUUUAGCCGAAACGGCCUCUUCCGCCCAGCGCGGAAUGUUGGUGACGAUGAACGUCAUGUUCAUUACGGGCGGACAGGCCAUGGCCGCCGUCUUCAGCGGAGCGCUCAGUACAAUUCCUGAUGGAUGGAGGUACAUGCUGGGCAUCGCCGCCAUUCCGGCCGUGAUCCAGUUUGUCGGAUUCCUUCUGAUGCCCGAGAGUCCACGUUGGCUCUUUAGUCAUGGCAAACCGGAUGAGGCCCGCAAAGUUUUGCAGCGCAUCCGCGGACCGUGCCACAACAUUGACGACGAACUGGAAGCUAUUAAAGCCUCGGUGGACGAGUCAGAGCGCGAACUCGAGUACCGACGUCAAAGAGGCCAAACGGCCAACGUUCUCAUCCAAAUCCUUCAAAGUCCGCCCGUCCUGCGGGCCCUCUUCCUCGGCUGCCUCCUGCAAAUGUUCCAGCAAAUUGCCGGAAUCAACACGGUCAUGUACUACAGCGCUACCAUCAUUCAAAUGGCUGGAUUCUACGACACGUCCAAAGCCAUUUGGCUGUCGGCCCUGGUGGCGUCCGUCAAUUUCAUCUGCACGUUCCUCGGAAUCUACUUGGUGGAGAAGGUGGGCCGGCGUCGGCUCACGCUCGGCUCACUCCUGGGCGUCGUCCUCUCACUGGCCUUCCUCGCCGUCGGAUUCAUGAUUGUCGAUUCCAACGCUUUCUCCGUCACGGAAUUCUAUAACGACAAGAACGAUCUCUGCAAUUCCGCUUCGGAAUGCAACGAGUGCAACUCCAUCGUUGAUUGCGGAUAUUGUUUCAUGGACGAUCCGGCCAACGGCGGUGUCUCCAAAGGAUCCUGUCUCCUGUCCAAAGAGAAUUCCACCUUUCUCUCCGACUACGGACCGUGCAGCAAUUUAUCCAGCACGGCUGGGCUUAGCAGUAGCAAUGCCGCUGGCCAUUCGGGAUUCAUUUACGCUUAUGGAUGGUGCCCAUCAACCUACGGCUGGAUCACCGUUCUGGGAUUGAUGACUUACCUCCUCUUUUUCGCUCCAGGUAUGGGACCGAUGCCGUGGACCAUCAACGCUGAAAUUUAUCCAUUAUGGGCCAGGAGCACUUGCAACAGCAUCGCCACGUCGACCAAUUGGUUCUUCAAUUUCCUUGUUUCCAUGACCUUUUUGACAAUCACCGAAAUCCUCACGCGUCAAGGUGCUUUCAUGUUUUACUGCGCUCUAUCGACCGUUGGCCUGCUCCUAUUUUGGUGGCUCCUGCCGGAGACCAAAGGCCGGACGCUGGAAGAGAUGGAAGUGGUUUUCAGUCGGCCCAGGACUUGUCCAAGACCCUGGGACAGCUGGAAAAUCAAAAAGUCGAAAACGGGAGACAGCGGCGCUUGCCCCGAAGCGGGUGGUGAAUCCAGCAAGAAUGUCCAAUUCCACGAUUCGAGUCGAAUUUGAAUCGCACCGACAUAUCUCCUUACCAAGGGUAACUACCGAGAGCUUGACCCAAUUUUUUUGUUUAAAUGACGCGUAAAGUGUCCCCCCCACACCCCGUAUUACAAAUUAAAAUGUUGACCAGAGGCCACAAGAAUUCGUCGUGCAAACCAAAACCACAAAACACACACAAUUUAAACCAGAUUUUUAUAAUUUUUCACUCUAAUUGUUGUUUCUAUAAAAAUGGAAGAUAGGAAGAAGAUCUGCAUUUUCUUUUUGCUUUAUUGUGUGAUUUUUU